AUGGCCGCCUCCAACCCUUCCGCGUAUCCAAACUACUUUGGGCCACCGACGUUGUUCAACCCGGGCAUGCCCUUCGGUGGAGGUCACCCCCCUGAUAACGAGCUGGACCAAUCACGAAGAUCUAUCUUCAACCAGCGACCCGACUUCUCUGCUUUGCAACGCCUCCCAGGGGGGUAUCAACAGCAGCACCAGCAUAUGCCUGGCCAGCCGACCUACUCCUCUACACGGCUUACCAAGGACCCCGAGAUCACUGAAGUCCAUCAAGUACAGCGUCUGCAGGCUCCACCGGUCCAGCACGUCCAGGAGAUCAUCACGGAUGAGGUCAUCGAGAUCCCUGUCGACGUGCCUGAGAUCCAAUACAUUGAGGAGGUCGAGGAGAUCCCUAUGGUGCAGUACAUCGAGAAGAUCGUUGAAGUACCCGAGAUUCAGUACAUCGAGAAACCUGUGGAAAAGAUCGUCUACGUUGAUGUGCCGAAAGUAGUCUAUCAAGAGAGGAUCGUCAACAAACCCGUCAUUCAACACGUUGAGGUCGAGAAGUAUGUGAAAAUCCCUCGCAUUCGAGAGGAGGAGGUUCGGGUUAGGCAGGAGCGCAUUAUUGAAGACAUUGUUGAGGUUCCUGUCGAGCAGAUCGAGGAGGAAAUCAUCGAAGUCCCGAAGGUUCAAUUCCAAGAGAGGAUCGUCGAGAAGCCUGUUAAACAGGUGGUGACCAUUCACGUGAACCGACACGUACCAGAAAUUGAGGAAGAAGUUGUGGAGGUGAGGAGUUACCUCGUGAAGGUCCCUCAAGUGAUCGAGGAGGUUGUCGAGGUCCCCAAAAUACAGUAUAUUGAGCGUGUGAUCCACAAGGAAGUCGCUACGAUCGUUGAGGUGCCAGUUUAUCGUGAAGUGCCGGUGAUCACAGAGGAGACCAUAGAGAUUCCCGUGGAGGAAAUCCACGAGGAGAUCGUCUACGUCCCGAAGGUUCAGAAGGUCGAGCGCAUCGUAGAGCGCCCUGUUGAGCAGAUCGUCGAGGUCCCCCGCAUUGUGCAAGUCCCUGAGAUCAUUGAGGAGAUCAUUGAGAUCGAGAAGCGUGUGCCCAAGGUCAACAUUGAGGAGAUUGUCCGUGAGGUUCCUCGUCGAGAGAUUCAGGAGAAGAUUAUUGAGGUGCCGAAGGUUACUCGGACGAUUGUUGACCAGGAGAUCGAACAGCAAGUCCAGGACGUUAUCAUUGAGAAGAAACGGGUGGUCGAGAAGAUCGUCGAGAGAAAGCGUCCGAUUGUGCAGAAGAUCUAUAAGAAGGUGCCUAAGCUCGAAAUACAAGAGAUCAUUCGAGAGGUGCCCAAGAUCGUUUACGAGGAGAAGAUUGUCGAGAUCACCAGGGAGGUUCAAAGGGAAGUGCCUGUGAUUGAGUACAUCGACAAGGUUGUGGAAGUUCCUCAAAUCGAGUAUGUUGAGAAGAUCAUUGAGGUUGAGGAGGAACAGGUGGUCUACAAAGAGGUCCCGGAGAUCGUCGAUAGGCAUGUCCAGAAGAUCGUUCAUGUGCCUCAAGUCCGCAAGGUACAGAAGUACGUGGAGGUGCCGAAGAUUGAGUAUGUCGACAAGGUGGUGGAGAUACCACAAGUGGAGUAUGUCGAGGAGUACGUUGAUGUCCCGUUCAAGCAGAAGGUCCGGAAGGUUAUUCACGUUGCGGACGUCCAGAGGGUUCAGAAGAUUAUCGAGAUCCCCCAAGUGGCAUAUGUCGAUAAAGAGAUUGAGAUUCCUAUCACCCAACAAGUCCAGAAGGUCGUCGACGUGCCUGUUAAUAAGACUGUUCAGAAGGAGGUCCGUGUACCCCAAGUCCGAACGGUUCAGAAGUAUGUGGAGGUCCCACAGAUCGAGUACGUUGAUGUUCCCCAGGAUGUGUUCGUCACAAAGUACGUAGACGUCAUCCAAGAGCAGAAGGUCCCUCAGAGAGUUCAGAAGUACCAGGAUAAGAUCAUCGAGGAGGAAGUCUCCCAAACGGUUGAGAAGAUCGUCGAGGUUCCUCAGAUCGAGACGAUCGAGCGGUACAUUGAGAUUCCUAGUGAGGAGACGGUCACUGGUGAGCAGCGUACGAUAACUACCCAGUUGGAGACUAUUCGCAUCGAGGGUGGUAUCGAACGGCUCCAUGAGCGCGUCGACGGCACUGCCUACGACCCCGAGCCGGCCCAUAUCUACACCUCUGUUUCCACUCAUGAUCUCCCUCCUGAGAGUGUGAGUCGGUAUCAGCUACAACAGUUGGCUCAGCAAAAGCAGCAGCACCAUCAACGGAGAUCUCUUUCACCGUCCUCUGCUGCUGACCAGAAGUCCUUCGCCGAGAUGUUCAACAGUUACGGCCCUCCCUUCUAG